AAUGUUGGUUGAAUAAGAGAUUGUUUUCAAAUUUUUACUUUUAGGGGGCCCUUCUGUAGGGAAAUCAGCUUUUCUAAUCAAAUAUACUGAUGAGCUUUUUAUGGAAUAAUAUAUUCCAACCAUAGGAGUAGAUUUCAAGGCAAAACAUUUGGAAUUUAAUGAUAAAUCAAUAAAGUUGUAGGUGAAUAAACAAUUUUAAAUUAGAUUUGGGACACCGCAGGAUAAGAAAGAUUUAUGACAAUAGUCUAAAGUUAUUUUUAAGGAGCUAAUGGAAUUUUUAUAAUUUAUGAUAUUACCAAUAGAGAAUCUUUUAAUGAUAUAUGGAAAUGGCUAGAAUGUAUGAAAAAUUUCGAUAAUUAUUAUAGAAGCUGAUAAGUAUGCAAAACCAGAUGUGCUUAAAAUGUUGGUCGGGAAUAAAUCUGAUUUAAAUGGAUAAAGAGAGGUAACUGUUGAAGAAGGAUAAAAAUUUGCCAAUUCAAAGGGUAUGUUUUUUAUAGGUAUAUUAUUAUUAUAAUGAAAUAGAAACAUCUGCAAAGGAAGGAUUUAAUGUAGAAUAAGCUAUUAAGAAUUUUUUACUUGAAGUUUUAUCAUAAUAUGAAUCAAAGAAAAAAGAGGAGAAACCUGAAAACCAAUGAC